UCAUUGCACGCUUCCCUGGUCCUGCCGGAAAUGGAAUCACAUACCGGUGGCAGCGGGGUUUUCCCGGGCGGAAGUGAAGGGGCAGCCGGCCGUUCGGUCCCUCAAAUACCAAAUCCAGCCCUGGAGACACUUUCCAAAGCAGCACCUCCGGAAUUAAUUCCGUAUCGUUGCGAGGAUGGCUUCUUCCGGUGUAACAGCACCAUCCAGUGCAUCGAACAACGCCAGAAUUGCGACGGCGAAGCGGAUUGUGACGAUGGAUCCGACGAAAGGGACUGCGAUGACCGCGUAGGUGAUUCAUUUUGGGAUCACUUUUUCCGGAAACGUCCUGGCGCUUUGAAUGAUCAUCUGCCGUUCACGGCAUGUGCUUGGAGUGACUUCAACAGCUCGUGCAAAUGUCGAGCGACGGAAGUGCUGUGCGAUUACAAAGGACUUACCACCCUGCCGACGUCGCUGCCGAUGGGGAACGUUACCCUGCUGGAUCUCACCGGAAAUCGAUUUCCCGUAUUAAACAUGAACGUCUUUGAGCGGCUUCCUUCUUUGGAUACUCUAGUGCUGAAACAUUGUUCGAUUGAAAAAAUUGAACCUGCCCGAACGCUUAAUCACAUCUACGCUUUACACUUGGAUCAGAACAAAUUAAAAUCCCUUCCGGAUAUUUUCUUCCCAUCGGGAACUUGGCUGCGCAUUUUAAUAUUGAGUGGUAACCAAAUCACUAAAUUGAGUUUCGAAAACUUCCACAACCUGUACUACCUCAUUGAAUUAGAUUUAAGAGAUAACUUUAUCGAGGCAUUGGAUGAAUCAGUGUUUAAACAGCUCCACAGUUUGGAAAUUUUAUAUUUAAACCACAACCGGCUCACCGAGUUGGCGGUGGGAAUGUUUCCACGACUGAUGGCCCUGAAAACGCUGUCUCUGGCGCAGAACCGCAUCCACUCAAUCGUUCCGGGUGCUCUGGAUCUACCAUCGCUGGAGCAUCUGUACCUAUCGGAGAAUCGCCUGCCAUUCACAGCCAAUAACACCUACCGUAACUUACCGAAUUUACUAGGAUUAUUUUUAAACGACAACGAAAUAAACUAUUUUGAGCUAGGAUCAUUCACCGGAAUCAAUAAUCUCACCACCAUGAACUUAAAGGGAAAUAAAUUCACUCGGAUCGACCGACGGGUGCUGGAAAAUCUCACCAGUUUGAAUUACAUACAUUUUUCCGAGUUCCACCACUGCAAGGCGGCGCUUCAUGUGCGAGUUUGCGAACCCCGGGGUGACGGAAUCAGUAGCAAGAGCCACCUGUUGGAUAAUCCAGUGCUAAGAACCAGUGUUUGGGUGAUGGCCGCCGUUGGGAUCAGCGGCAACUUGCUGGUGCUAUUCGGGCGCUACGUGGUCCGGACCAGGAGCUCUCAGGCACACGCGGAGCAUUCGCUGUACCUGCGCCAUCUGGCCGCCAGCGAUCUGAUGAUGGGCAUCUACCUGGCAAUCAUUGCGACCGCGGAUAUUAUGUUUCGCGGUCAAUAUCUGCUGCACGAGGAAGAGUGGCGAACCAGUACCAUCUGUGCCUUCAGCGGUUUCCUGAGCACCCUGAGCUGUCAAUCAUCCACUUUGCUGUUGACCUUGGUCACCUGGGAUCGAUUGAUAUCGGUGACUAGGCCGUUGUAUCAACGGGCCAACAGCAAAACCCGUGUCAUCCUCCGGUUGGCCCUUCUGUGGGGCAUCGCGGUGGCUGCUGCGGCUGCUCCCUUCUCCUCGACCGAGUACUUCGGGCCGCACUUCUACGGCAGCAACGGCGUCUGCCUGUCCAUUCACAUCCACGAUCCGUACGCCAUGGGCUGGGAGUACUCGGCCGGGUUAUUUAUCUUGGUCAACACCUUCUCGUUGCUGUUCAUCGGGACGUCCUAUCUGCGGAUGCUGCAGGCCAUUCGCGUCAGCCGCAACGAAACACGCAACACGCUUCACUGCCGGGAGAAAAUCGUGGCCAGAAGGUUUGCCAUCAUCGUCGUUACCGAUUGUCUCUGCUGGAUGCCGGUGAUUGUCGUCAAAUUGGCAGCCCUGGGAGGGGUACGAAUUUCACCGUCCCUGUACGCGUGGCUCGCCGUCCUGGUACUUCCGGUCAAUUCGGCUCUCAAUCCAGUGCUCUACACACUGACGACGGCCCAGUUCAAGCAACAGCUAACGCGGUUCUUCUACUCGCUACCAUGUGGCGCUGUUCCCGAGAUGAAUGGAUACGAUUCUGGGAUUGAUUCGAGAAACAGUCUCGCUCAAUUUAAUUCCAGCAACGGUGGCAGCAAACGCUUGUUGCAGCGAAGGGACCGCCAAUCGACCAAUACCAAGGUGUACGAGUUCAAAUAGCGCCCGUCCGGGGAGGCCCACAGCCGGCGGCACACGGUGGCCCACAAUCCGCGCCGUCGGACUGCCUCGGGCAUUGCUGCGGCUGGCAAUCCGGAC